UUGUGAGUUCUUUUGAGUAAUAACUAGAAACUCGAGUUAUGGCACUCGAAUAUGAGCGUACAUUGGAGAAAACUCCAACAUGGGCAGUUGCUGUGGUCUGUUUUGUGUUGCUUGUAAUAUCGAUUUUCACUGAGCGUAUCAUAAACUUCAUAGGACAGUGGUUUAAACGUAGAGAGAAGCGAGCUCUCUAUGAAGCUCUUGAGAAGAUCAAGUCAGAGCUUAUGCUGUUGGGAUUCCUAUCCUUGUUCCUAACAGUUCUACAAGAUCCAAUCUCUGGUAUAUGUAUAUCAAAGAGUAUUGGAGCCACUUGGCAUCCCUGCAAUGAUGACGCUUCAAAGACUACUGCCAGAAAACUGGAUGAAUUUUCAGAUUCUGGCUUCAGUUUCCGGCGCAUAUUAGCCACAAAGGGAUAUGAUAAGUGCACCGAACAUGGUAACGUUGCCUUUGUGUCUGCAUAUGGGAUUCACCAGCUCCACAUAUUUAUCUUUGUGCUAGCAGUUUUUCAUGUGCUCUACUGCAUUACAACCUUGUUUUUGGGAAGAUACAAGAUGAGAAAAUGGAAGUACUGGGAGAAUGAGACAAAAACAAUUGAAUACCAGUUUAGUACAGAUCCAGAAAGGUUUAGGUAUACGAGGGAUACGUCAUUCGGAAGGAGACAUUUGCACUUCUGGAGCGAGUCACCAGUUUGGCUUUGGAUUGUGUGCUUCCUCAGACAGUUCUACAGGUCAGUUACUAAGACUGAUUACAUGACUCUGAGGCAUGGCUUUAUCGUGGCACAUUUAGCACCUGGCAAUGAUACUACCUUUGAUUUUCGGAAAUACAUAAGUAGAUCACUUGAAGAUGACUUCUUAGUUAUUGUUGAAAUUAGCCCAAUUAUAUGGUUCUCAGCAGUGUUGUUCCUGUUGUCCAAUGCAUAUGGAUGGUAUUCGUAUUACUGGUUACCAUUUAUCUCUUUAUUUAUAAUCCUCUUGGUGGGAACUAAACUACAAGUGAUUAUAACCAAGCUGGGGCUAAGGAUUCAGGAAAGAGGGGCUGUGGUGAUGGGUGCACCGCUUGUUCAACCCGGUGAUCAGCACUUCUGGUUUGGAACCCCGCGCUUCUUGCUCUUCCUCAUCCACUUUGUUUUGUUCCAGAAUGCAUUUCAGCUGGCGUUCUUUGCAUGGAGCACAUGGCAGUUUGGCAUAACUUCCUGCUUCCACCAAACACCUCAAGAUACCGCCAUAAGGAUCUCAAUGGGGUGA